AUGGUUCCCAACACAGUUAAAUCCUUCUUUGUACCAAAGUCUACUGCCAAUGUUCAUGUUUUGAGCAUAAAAUAUCAUAACCAGCUCCUCGAAAUGAUCGAUGCCAGUCAGUUUUGGUGUGGUAGAUGGUUCAUAAUGGUCAACACAAAUGUUCAAAGGAUCAAAUCCCAGAAGAGAAGACAAUUUCUGAACACCAGUUCCUAA